UGUAUGGUUGAUGAGAAACGGUGUCGUAGUUAUAUAUUCAUUCUCAGGAGUAAAACUACAAUAAUUUGAGAACAGACCGGAAACGAUCCGCAAAAAUGGUGCACAGCGCCUAUGAUUCCUUCCAGCUCCUCACCGAUUGUCCCACUAAGAUCGACGCCAUCGAAUCCUACGGCUCAAAGCUGCUGCUGGGCUGCUCCGAUGGUUCUCUUCGAAUCUACGUUUCUGAUUCCUCCGGCGCUGACCGAUCUCCACCGUCCGACCCGCACGCGUUGCGGAAGGAACCUUACGCGCUGGAGAGAACCGUUGCAGGGUUUUCAAAGAAGCCUCUGAUUUCAAUGGAAGUACUGGAAUCGAGAGAGCUACUGUUAUCACUCUCUGAAUCGAUCGCGUUUCAUCGGCUCCCCAAUUUAGAGACCAUUGCUGUGAUCACCAAAGCUAAAGGCGCUAAUGUCUACUCUUGGGAUGACCGUAGAGGUUUUCUUUGCUUUGCUAGGCAAAAGAGAGUCUGUAUUUUCAGGCACGACGGAGGGCGAGGGUUUGUGGAGGUGAAAGAUUUUGGUGUACCAGAUACUGUAAAGUCAAUGUCAUGGUGUGGUGAGAACAUAUGUCUAGGUAUUAGAAAGGAAUACAUGAUAUUAAAUGCCACAAAUGGUGCGUUGUCAGAGGUGUUUUCUUCGGGGAAGAUAGCACCACCUUUGGUCGUUGCUCUUCCCUCUGGGGAACUUAUUCUUGGGAAGGAAAAUAUUGGUGUCUUUGUGGAUCAAAAUGGAAAGCUUCUUCAAGCUGAUAGGAUAUGUUGGUCAGAAGCUCCUGCUGUUGUUGUCAUUCAGAAACCAUAUGCUAUCGCUCUAUUUCCUAGGCGUGUUGAGAUUCGCUCUCUUCGAGUUCCUUAUCCAUUGAUACAGACAAUUGUACUCCCCGGUGCUCGUCGUCUUACGAAAAGUAACAAUGCCGUUGUUGUAGCCUUAGAAAAAUCUGUUUAUGGACUCUUUCCUGUUCCUCUUGGUGCACAGAUUGUCCAAUUAACAGCAUCUGGAAAUUUUGAAGAAGCACUGGCCUUGUGUAAGCUGCUUCCACCAGAAGAUGCAAGUCUUAGAGCUGCAAAGGAGGGCUCAAUUCAUAUAAGAUACGCUCAUUAUCUUUUUGACAAUGGGUGCUAUGAGGAAGCAAUGGAGCACUUUUUGGCAUCUCAAGUGGAUAUUACUUAUGUUCUUUCUUUGUAUCAGUCCAUUGUUCUUCCCAAAACAACCGCAGUUCCAGAGCCAGAGAAGCUGGCGGACCUUUCUCUGGACGCUCCACAACUUUCACGAGGUUCAUCUGGAAUGUCAGAUGAUUUGGAAACCUUCCUUCCACAACUAGCAGAAUCUGAUGAGAAUUCUGCGCUUGAAUUCAAGAAAAUGAGCCAUAAUACUCUUAUGGCUCUUAUUAAGUUCCUACAGAAGAAGAGAUACAGUAUUGUAGAGAAGGCUGCUGCUGAGGGAACUGAAGAGGUAGUUUUAGAUGCUGUUGGGGAUAGUUUUACAUCGUCAAGGUUUAAGAAAUCAAAUAAGGGGCGUGGUAAUGUUCCAAUUAACUCAGCUGCUAGGGAGAUGGCAGCUAUACUGGAUACAGCCCUCCUCCAAGCUCUGCUUCUUACCGGACAAUCCUUAGCAGCUGUUGAAUUGCUGAAAGGUCUUAACUAUUGUGAUGCAAAAAUAUGUGAGGAGAUCCUUCAUAAAGGGCAUCAUUAUGCAGCUCUUUUAGAACUUUACAGAAGUAACUCCAUGCAUCGGGAGGCUCUAACACUUUUACAUCAAUUAGUAGAAGAGUCAAAAUCAAACCAAUUGCAGGCUGAACCCAUCCAAAAGUUCAGUCCUGAGGCAAUUAUUGAAUACCUCAAGCCUCUCUGUGGCACUGAUCCCAUGCUUGUACUUGAGUUCUCAAUGCUUGUUCUUGAAAGCUGUCCAACACAAACCAUUGAGCUUUUUUUGUCUGGAAAUAUUCCAGCAGACUUGGUCAACUCUUACUUGAAGCAGCAUGCUCCAAACAUGCAGGGCAGGUACUUGGAGCUUAUGCUUGCCAUGAAUGAAAAUGGGAUCUCAGGGAAUCUGCAAAAUGAAAUGGUACAAAUAUAUCUCUCUGAAGUACUUGAAUGGUAUUCAGAACUAAGUGCUCAACAGAUAUGGGAUGAGAAGGCUUAUUCUCCAACCAGGAAGAAACUAUUGUCUGCAUUGGAAAGCAUCUCAGGAUACAGUCCUGAGGCUUUGUUGAAACGUCUUCCUCCAGAUGCUCUAUUUGAAGAGCGUGCGAGUCUGUUGGGAAAAAUGAACCAACAUGAGCUUGCUCUAUCACUAUAUGUUCAUAAGCUUAAUGUACCUGAACUGGCACUGGCCUAUUGCGAUCGGGUUUAUGAGUCAUCUGUUCAUCAACCACCAGCAAAAUCUUCUGGCAAUAUAUACCUCACUCUGUUACAGAUAUAUCUGAAUCCUCAAAAGACAACCAAGAACUUUGAAAAGAGAAUUACAAAUUUAGUAUCAUCCCCAAACGCAAGCAUCCCGAAGAUUAGUUCAGCAACUUCAUUUAAAGGUAGAGGAGGACGAAAGAAAAUUGCCUCAAUAGAAGGUGCAGAAGAUAUGCGUAUUAGUCCCAGUAAUACUGAUAGUAGUAGGAGUGAUGGUGAUGCUGAUGCUGAAGAAUCUAAUGAGGAAGGAGGUUCUUCUAUCAUGCUUGAUCAGGUACUUGAUCUUUUGAGCCGAAGGUGGGAUAGAAUCAAUGGAGCUCAGGCACUUAGACUGUUACCCAGGGAGACUAAACUACAGAACUUGCUUCCAUUUCUUGGACCUCUUCUGAAAAAAUCCAGUGAAGCAUACAGGAACUUCUCUGUUAUCAAGAGCUUGAGGCAGAGUGAGAACCUACAGGUUAAGGAUGAACUCUACAACCAACGAAAAGCUGUAGUGAAGAUAUCGAGUGACAGUAUGUGCUCUCUCUGCAACAAGAAACUGGGAACAAGUGUAUUUGCCGUCUAUCCAAAUGGGACAACACUGGUCCACUUUGUUUGUUUUAGAGAUUCACAAAGUAUGAAAGCAGUAUCCAAAGUCUCACAACUAAGGAAGCGAUGAUUUUGAGUCUCUCCAUACAGUGGGACGGUUGGCUAUUAUUUAUCACAAGAUGACACUCAAAUGCCUAGAAUCAGUUUUGGAGGCAUUUAUUAUUUCUAAGAGUUUUAACUUGUGAAUGGUGAAAGAAAGCAAUGCUUCAAGUGUGACUAGGCCACCAGCAACAGGAAAGGGAGCAUGGCUGUCAUUUGUGUGAAUGUAGAUUCUAGUAUACUUUUUUUUCCUCUUUCCCUAUUGUUUCAAAGACUUCAUUCCAGGUACUCCCGAUGGAUGAUCAACAUGGGUUUUGGCACUUUUGCUGUAAGCACAAUCACAGUAUAUUGGGUUUGGUGUAAAAAUGCUGUUCAUUAGAUUUCAA